AUGGUGUACUUGUGCUGGUCGGGCCGGCCGUACUUGCAUCAGCAGAAUGAGGCGCCAGUCAAACCGAAUAUGAACAAAUUUACGGAGGAGGUUCUGGAGGCUUCCAAUGCCUACAGGAAACGUCACGGAGCUGUAGCGUUGAAGUUGAAUAAAGAGAUAUCGAAAGUAUCUCAGGCUUGGGCCGAACAUCUUGCAAAAACUGACACAAUGAGUCACAAUCCUAGUCCUAUCUACAAGAACACAAAUAUGGGCGAAAACAUUGCAAUGCGAUACAGCAGUGACAUGUCGGAAUACAGUGGUUACCAGGCUGUCGAUCAGUGGUAUUUAGAAAUUUCAAAUUACAGUUUUAAGACUCACAGCGGUCCAAAAACAGGACAUUUUACGCAGUUAGUCUGGAAAGGAAGCUUGGAGAUGGGUUUGGGAAGAGCUCAAACAAAAGAAGGCAAAUGGCUGGUGGUGGCAAACUAUUUUCCGGCAGGUAACUUUGUCGGGGAGUAUGCGAUGAAUGUACUUCCUCCCACCGAUGGCAAGAUCUCUUCCAUGUUCUCCCACGCCUAUAAAAGUGAUCCCGUUGCAAUGGGAGGAAACAAAGUGAAGAGGGAAAUACAGGAGGCCACAAAAGGAACGGGAGCUGAUGCAGUCAUGACCAGAACCACCAUCGAAACAAUAACAACACCAGAUGGGAAAACAACCGUCAAUAAAAAAGUAGAAACUUUCAAGGGAGAGUCAGCCAUCUGGUUGCACUGCGCAAUAUACAUGUUAAUUACCAUCACCGAGUCAUGGCUUAGGCCAGAUCACCCUGAUGGUUUGAUCGCAAUAGAUGGCUACACACCCUUCAGAAAAGACCGCCCUGGCAGGCGGCGUGGAGGUGGCGUUGUCAUCUAUUUGAAGUCAUCCAUCUCAUCUCAAAUUCACAUCGUUCCACCUCAUGCUGUCAAUGAUACACUGGAAACCCUUUGUCUCAAGUGCAUUAUUGACAGUGAACCAUACAUCAUCUGUGCCAUCUAUCAUCUAUCAAAUGAAGUCUCCACCAUGAUGUGUUAUAUCAAUGAACUCUCUAACACUGCGCUGGGGAGCGACUCAAAACUCAUCAUUGGGGUUGACUUCAAUCAACUCGACCAUUAUUCCAUCCUUCAAACAGGUCUACACCCUAUAUUCUGGGGUCCCACCCACCAAGGUCACAACCUUGACAGAAUAUAUGGGAUUAAUGUAAACCUGGAUAUCACUUUCACUUACAGGCCGCAUGUUUCAACACAUCAUCUUGGGGUGGUUGCUGCUCCUCCACCUCCACCAACUAACUCAACAUCAAGAAACAACACCACUAGACAAUUCAUCUCAUUUCGCAGAGUAUCGCCUGCUUUCAAUAUCUCAACAACAUCAACUUCAAUAAUAUAUUCGACUUCAACAUCACCAACACCGACCAUUCUUCGCUAG